UUUUGUUAAUAUUAUCUCGAAAUUCUCCCUUUCGUCAUCUCGUCCAUGUCUUCUCAUUUGAUAGCUGGCCAGAAUGAGGGCUUUUAUACGACCGAAAUAUUGCCUAUGUUUAGACUAGGAUUUAGAUACUACGCUUGUGAAUCCUAUCAGCACAAACCAUCAGCGUUUAAGACAAUCCCUUUCAGACAAAACCAAGUCCAGUUUUCUAUGCAAGACAGAUCCCCACAUGUUGAAUUAAGUUUAGAUCAUCGGACAAUUAUCUCAAACUCUGGCUACAGAUCAGCUAGAACUUCAGAACCUAUACGAUCAGGUACAUACUACUAUGAAGUUAAGAUAGACAAAGGAGGUGGUGUUGAUGAAGCCCACGUACGCGUUGGUGUGAGUAGGCGUGAAGCUGAAUCUGGUGCACCUGUCGGAUACGAUGGAUACAGUUACGGAUGGAGAGAUAUCAAUGGUCAUAAAGUACACCUCAGUCGUUCGCAGAAAUACUCUGAUGGCUUCACCACUGGAGAUGUCGUUGGUGUUUUAGUUCAUUUGCCUAUCAAUCAACCAAGAAAGGUGUCGAUAAAUAAAACAAGAAUACCUAUUAAAUACAAGGAACUACUCUGGUUUGAGUUAUCAGAGUACCCGCAUACAAAGGAGAUGGAUUUGCUUAUGGAUUAUGGACACGAGGAUGAGAUACCGAUUGAUAAAGGCAGAUUGGGUAAGAAGUCAGCGAAAGGGAUAAAAAUACCCAGGAUACCUGGCUCGUUUAUUGAAUUCUUCAAAAAUGGUGAACCAGUAGCAAGUGAACCAGCUUAUACUGAUCUAUUAGACUAUCUCCCGAAGAAGAAACAACCAGAGGGAGCCAAGGCAUCCAAGAAGCAAGAUCUAAAGAAAGAUUUAGACUACGACGAUGGUACUUGCGGUUAUUAUCCCAUGGUGAGCUUGUAUAAAGGUGGACAAGCCACACUUAACCCAGGUCCUGAAUUUGCAUAUCCACCAAAUACUAAACACGCAUAUAAGCCACUUUCUGAUAGGUUUGGCGAAUUUUGGGAGGAAAUGCGGUUGUUAGAUGAUGAAGCCUGUGCCGAACUGCCAGAUGUGGCUGACGUACUCAUCCCACAAUCGAUAGCUGAAUUAAGUGGAACUGAUCAGCAAUUCUACGGCACAGGUUCCGUCGAUGGGGCGACGCCAACAGCCCCAAAGCCGGAUGUCUCUAGUCAGCCGCCUGAAGUCCCCAUGCAGGACGUCCAGAUGCAGGAAAAGCAAGAAGAACUACCAGAUCACUCUCAUCAAUUUAUACCAAAUGUAGAUAUACUUAAUGAAUAA